AUGAGUAGCGGCUUUCUCACCCGCACCAACUCAUACAAUACUACGUCGUUUAGGUGUGUCUGGUGCUGGAUGGGCAUGCGCAGCAGCUUUCUGCCAUCAGCUUCUGGCACAUGCAUCGAACGCUGGCUACCAGGGUACGGUGCCGGACCGGCAUCAGCGGCGCCUUCUGCCGCGCAAAAUGCGAACGCCGACUACUCAAUUCGACCGUGGGCCUGGGCAGUGGCUUCCCGCCCCAUUGACGCCUGGCUCAAAGCUGCCCAUGGAACGCAGCCACUCGCCUCGCGUGUCCAGAUCUUCAUUGACUCGUCCUUUGCACAAAACUUUCUACUGGUCCUCAGCAUGUUCACACUGGCAGAUGAGCCGAAGCCGCUGUCGCCACGGAGAAGGCAAGCUCCCGUGGCUGUGAUGCACGAAGCGAGUACUCCGGCAGGCAAACACGACACGAAGCGAACCGUCUCGCCAAGGACGCUGCAAAACGCCGAGCGAGGGGCGCCAGGCGGCCACAACCCCCACAAGGUCCGAAAUGCCUACAACGUGCACAUCGCCUACAAGUCAGGGGCGGUAACGGAUCCUCGGCAACGCGGCGAAUCUGACCUGCGUCAUGUCGCUACUGCCGCAGUAGUCGGCCAGACCUGUUGGAAUCAGUAUGGGCUUGGUGAGCGCUGCCAGCCUCCAAAGUCCAGCUCUGCUUUUCGCACACGCGCAAGCCGACAGGUGUCAAGGCCAUCUUCGUAUGGUGCUCCGUGGGAGCUCAUAAAGCCACGAGUCCGUACGAGCACACCGAUUCCUUAUGUAAUCGGCUUCCUCCAAGAGCGUGUAUCUAUUCAACAACUCGGUACAAAUCUCUCCUACGUCACCCAGCAUUUCUUCCAUGACAGUAUGAUUAUGUUGGAUGAAACCGUCGGACUAUCAAUGUACCCUCUUCUCUUCCCAUCAAAACGAAGGCAUAAGCCUCCUCCUGAAAAUUAA